GACGCGCGGCGGGAGCCGUUCCCCGACGGCAGCCGGGCCCUCGGCCGCCGUGUCUGGGCUGAGCGCCGCGACGCCGCGCCGGAAACCCUCCCGGGUCUUGAGGCGUAUGGAACCUCAAGGUCUUUAUGACAAUGGAAACCAAAAAAUUGAUUGGCAAACCGCUUCAACCUGCAAGACCUGUUCGUCAUCUCUCUUCUCCUCCCGGACCAGUGUUCCCUUUCAACUUUCAGAAUGAAUAUCCAUGCAACACUCAGUGCUUACAAAGUGGAGUUGGAAGAUGUAAGACGAAUGGAAUGCAAGCCUUUUCUCAAGGUCUUAGUGAGCAACAGCAGCACCAGUCUCCAGUUAAAAAAGAGAGAAUUAAAUACAGCAGAGAUUUCUUGUUGAAGCUUUCAAGUGUUUCCAUCUGCAGAAAAAAACCAGACUUUCUGCCUGAUCAUCCCAUUGUACUUCAAAAACCAGAAAACAACCAAAGUUUUAAGUAGCAUUUUAAGAACAGAUGAAUUUGAAGAUAAAGAAUUAUUCAUUUUAUAUUUUGGACACCUGCAAAUGAAGUGGACCUAGUAACAAUAACUAAUGGACUGUGACGAUUCAAUUUAUUUUUACUUUUGAUGGUUGGCUAUUUGGCCUCUCAUAAAAGGAGAAAGAGAUAUUUUAAACUAUAAAGAAUUUUUAUAAUCAGUUUCAGCUUUGCAGGCAGUUCCUGCAAAACUUGGGAAGUAACACGCGACAGUGGGGAUGUUGUUGGUGAAGUGGGAAGACUGUAUUAUAUUUGCAUGCUACUUGCAAUUCUUGUUUUUCACCACUUGUAAUAAUGGAAUGGAAAUGUAAGCUGUAAAGAUUCUCAAAUAUAAAGUAUUUGCUACGAUGUAUAUAUGGUAUGUAAUUUUUGUUGCCCUUAAAGUCAAAGUCACUCAUUCGUUUUCCCACCAAUUUCACACCAGGCCCUGAACAGGUCAUUGUGAUGUCUGCAGAGGCCCAAAAUGAUUCUGGGUGUUCAGAGCACAGUUGUCAAUGGCAGGGGUGAGGGAGAGUUUCUAAUGGAUGUUUCAGACACAUAAUUGAGUCCCUGGGUUCAUAGUAACAAUAUGUCUUAGGUUCAUAACUUCCAACAGAGAUGAACAGUUGGGAGAGGGAGUUAAUGAAGCAGAAGUUGAAAAGUAGCUGAUACAAGUUACUCAUUGGUAAAUAAAAUUGAAAUUGUUUCCAAGAGAGGAAAAAUUCAAGCAUUUGUAAAUAAUAACAAAAAUAUAUAUGGAUAAAGAAUUUGGAGGCUUAAGCUUUUAAUUUCUAGGAAUUUAAUGCAUUAAAUGUCAAUGUAAUAGGUCAGAAAUACUGCCGACAGAAAGGUAAGUAUAAACUCACUGCUUCUCUCUCUUGUGCCUUGGGAUCACUAGCAAGUCAUUCAAGGGCCCAAAUGAUCAGAAAUGUCAUCUCUCUCCGCCUGUGAAGUCCUCUGGUUUGCUGCUUUGCCGAUUCUUGUAGUCCAGAUUCUAACGUUUAGUCCACAGAAGAUUUCCCAGCUUGGUCUUUUCCUAGCUUCUUGUUCAUUACUUUGAUUUCCAGAGAAAUAAUUGUUUUUAAUACACAAAAC